UAUGUUCUUACUUUAUCUUUGUGCUCAUUCUCUAUCAUCAUCUUCUCUCUAAACCUCUACUCUUCUCUCUUUCCCUUUUGGUUCUGUGCUCUCCCUCACAUCUUCUUUAGCCUUUGGUUCCCUUCUUUCGUUUUUAUUUUGAUUCUCCCACCAUUUUUGUUCUUUUGAGUUUUAAAGAUCCAUCAAACUUUAUUAAAGAAAGAAGAACAAAGAGAUAAAAGGGAAGAAGAACAAUGGUUUUCUCAUCCGUCUCAAGCUUUUUAGAUCCACCAAUUAAUUGGCCACAGUCUACGAAUUCGAAUAAUCAUCCUCAUCACCUUCAGCUACAAGAAAAUGGAAGUUUAGUUAGUGGCCACCACCAAGUACUCUCUCACCACUUCCCACAAAACCCUAACCCUAACCACCACCAUGUUGAUACCACAGCCGCCACCAGCGUUGAUCCGGGAGGUCUCAAUGGCCAGGCGGCUGAGAGAGCAAGGCUAGCUAAGAACUCUCAGCCGCCGGAGGGAGCCUUAAAGUGCCCAAGAUGCGACUCAGCCAAUACUAAGUUCUGUUACUUCAACAACUACAACCUCACGCAGCCACGUCACUUCUGCAAGGCUUGCCGCCGCUACUGGACACGUGGUGGUGCCUUGAGGAACGUACCUGUCGGUGGUGGCUGCCGGAGGAACAAGAAGGGUAAAUCCGGAAAUUCAAAGUCUUCAUCCUCCUCCUCCCAGAACAAACCAUCAACAUCUAUGGUCAACGUUACAAGCCCUACAACUACUAGUAAUGUCCAGCACCAAACAAAUAGCCAAUUCCCAUUUUUGCCCACUCUACAAAACCUCACUCAACUCGGUGGUAUCGGUUUAAACUUAUCCCCCAUUAAUGGAAAUAAUGGUAACACUAGCUCAGGUUACUUGAAUGAUUUAGGUAAUUUUUAUCAUGGUGGCAACACUUCAGGUCCGGUCAUGGGUAACAACAACAACAACAACAGCAACAACGGGAAUAACAUAAUGACUUCUCUUGGAUCAGCAAACCACUUUGCUUUGUUUGAUCGAACCAUGGGAUUAUAUAAUUUCCCUAACGAGGGCAAUAUGGGAUUAUCUUCUAAUGGAGCUACUAGGGUUUCUCAAACUGCUCCGGUGAAAAUGGAAGACAACCAUUUGGGUAAUAUAAGCCGGCCGGCUUCGGGUUUGACAUCUCCGGAGAAUCAAUCCAAUCAAUAUUGGACUGGACAGGGUCUCCCUGGUUCUUCUUCAAACGAUCAUCACCAGCACCUUAUGUGAGUGUUACUUUGCUGUCGGAUUAUCCAUGGAUCUCGUUAACGGUCCAAUGCAUAUGGAAAAACUAUAAGGUAUAUUAGAAUGGGUUUGUUAUAGUGAUCAUUGGGUGCAUAUAGAAUCAGGUGCACAAAGAUAUAUUAUUCGUAUUGUGUGAUUAUGAGAACUUGUUAGUUGUGUGAGUGUCUGUCGAGUUUGUGUUUGUUGAUCAAUUCGUAUUAUUCACUUGGAUAUUCAUAAAAUAAUACUAACUUUUUGUAUGUUCUUAUAUAUUUAUUUUUCUGCUGAA